AUGAAAGAUCAGCGUCUCACGCGGCGGAUGUCGAAUCAGUCGGUGGAUGCCAGCGACUUCGCAGUGGCACGAGUGGGGAGCGAAGGGGGCGAAGCACUCCUUGUGGGAACGGUCAUUUCCGAAAUGCAGGGGGGCCGGAGCAGUGAUGUCCGCGCUCGCGAGCUGAGGAGAACGUACGGCCGUGGGAAAGGAGAGAGAGGUGGUCGAGCGACGCACCGUCUAGACUAUAUAGUUGACGAGGGCUCCCGAGGGCGGCGACUGGGGGCAGUUCCCGUUGGGGGAUAG